GUUUGUGUCAAAGAAAGAGGAGAAUGAGAGCGGCAAGUUCAAAAAUGGAAGAAAGAAAUGUGAAGGCAAAGACUAAAUUAAUGGUUCAAAAACCUUUUGCCUCAGCUUCCUAGCAGCACCCUUUUUUCAGCCAACGUGGGUUCAAAGGACACACAGUAGAAAUCAUUGAUGUGUCCCCCUCCCCAGUCUGAAAAAAAGGUUAAAACCCGCAAUCUAACUCUCCCAACUCUUCCUAAUUUGUAAUAUCCUCUUCCCUUCCCACCACGAAGAUGUCCAAACUUGCACUAUUCCCACCACAUCACCUUCACCGACACCAUCUCCUCCUCCUAUUCUUCCUCCUCGCCUCGGCCACCAAUGCUGCCGCUACUACCGCUUACCAUAGAUUCAAAGAAGCCCCGCAAUUUUAUAACUCUCCGAGCUGCCGCUCCCUUGACAGUAGUGGCGCCAGCGAUAUGUGCUCCGAUGAAGGUGUUCACGUGGCAAUGACCCUAGACGCGGCCUACUUACGUGGUUCAAUGGCUGCCAUUCUCUCCGUCCUUCAGCACUCUUCCUGCCCUCAAAACAUCCUCUUCCACUUCAUUGCCUCCUCCACCGCCAACCACCACCACCUCCGUCACAAAAUCUCCCACUCCUUCCCUUCCCUUAAAUUCCAAAUCUACCCUUACGCCUCCUCUGCCGUCUCAGGCCUCAUUUCCACCUCCAUCCGCUCGGCACUCGACUGCCCUCUCAACUACGCCCGCAACUACCUCGCCAACAUCCUCCCUCCAUGUCUCCGCCGCGUCGUUUACUUAGACUCCGACCUCGUCCUCGUCGAUGACAUUGCUAAACUCGCCGCAACUCCACUUGGAGACAACUCGGUUUUAGCUGCACCCGAGUACUGCAACGCCAACUUCACUUCCUACUUCACCCCAACCUUCUGGUCCAACCCUACAUUGUCUUUAACAUUUGCUGGAAGAAAAGCUUGUUAUUUUAACACCGGGGUGAUGGUGAUAGACAUGCAAAGAUGGCGUGAAGGAGAUUACACUACAAAGAUAAUUGAAUGGAUGGAGCUUCAAAAGAGAAUGAGGAUCUAUGAGUUGGGGUCUUUGCCACCGUUUUUACUUGUCUUUGCAGGAAACAUAGCCCCUGUUGAUCACAGAUGGAACCAACAUGGACUCGGAGGCGAUAAUUAUAGAGGAUUAUGUAGGGAUUUGCAUCCUGGUCCUGUUAGUUUGUUGCAUUGGAGUGGGAAAGGGAAGCCUUGGGUGAGACUAGAUGCCAACAGGCCUUGCCCUUUGGAUGCUUUAUGGGCUCCUUAUGAUCUGAUGCAAGCACCCUUUGCUUUGGAGUCUUAGAAUUUUGGUUUAUGUUCUACAAUAAACAUAUAUAUAUUUUUGGCUGGGUCCUUUUCCCUUUCUGGGCUGAGAUUUUUAGCUUCAAUGAUGCCAUAGAACUUAGGAGAACAGAGAUCUGAGUGUUAAAAUUAAGAUCUCUGUGGCAGAUGAUCAAGAGAAGGGUGGGGGGAGGUGUUCAUAGACUAUACAGCAGAGACCAUUAACAAUCUUACAAUCUUUUUUUUUUC